GAUAACCCCAUAAUUUUUUUACAGAGAAUCAUGGUUUCUAAUCUGUGAAGACAAUUGGUUCACAAGGGUGCACAAUCAGAGUGAUAAUUUUUGCCCUCCUUUAAGAUACAAGAUCCCUGUAAAUAGGUAAGUCCAUAAUUCGCCAAUCCACCAAACUAACCAUGGUUAAUCAAUUUCCCAUCUCCUUAUAAAUAACGACUCAUCCUUUCCUCAACUCCUCAACCUCCACAACCACACAGCACACGAGGAAACACAAGUAUCGUUGGUGUAUUUUCAGUCAUGGCUUCCACAUCUUCUCUAGCGUCUUUCAGCUCCUCCUCUUCUCCUUUCACUGGCUCAAAGUUCUCGACCAAUCAGCCUCAUUCGCUUCCAUUUCGUGCCAGCUUCCGCCCAUUCAGUGUCUCUGCCUCCUGCGCUUCCACCGCCGAGCGACCACCAUCCCGCUAUGCCACACAAAUAUCUCUCUACGAAGUUCUCGGGAUUCAAAUGGGUGCCACUUGCCAGGAAAUCAAGGCUGCUUACAGAAAGCUAGCAAGAACAUUGCAUCCUGAUGUUGCAGCUAACGUUCAAAAGGAAGACACAGCUUAUGAGUUCAUUAAAGUACACGAAGCUUAUGAAACUCUGUCGGACCCUGACAAACGUGCAGAAUAUGAUCUUUCGCUUUUUAGACCUGGAAGGCAAAUGAGCUCUCCCUUUGUAAUGUCUGCAGCAACAAUGGAAACAAAUGUUGUAGCUGCUGGAUUUCCUGCCUACACCAGGCGAAGAUGGGAAACUGAUCAGUGCUGGUAGCUGCAAAAUUGUUUACUGGGCUGGAUUUAACCCUGAAUUAUAGAUACCCUAAUCAGUUUCAGCUGAUACAGAUGUAAUGAUUCCAACUGGGGAUGUAUGCUAGUAGCCAGGAUCGGACCUCAAUCUUGUAAUCAUGUAAAUAGCUGCAUUUUUUACGGCCUGCAACCAUAGAUUCUUAUCUGCACAUGCUUUUGAUAUACAUGUAUCUAAUAUUUCACGGCCUCCUUUUCAGAUAUACCACAACCAGUUGUCGAUGGUCCAAGAAUUAUUGUUUCAUAUACAUAGCUUAAAGAUUUAAUUUAA